AUGUCGAAGCGCGGAAAGUUCCUGCUCCUGGCGGACAUGCGGCCCACGAUGACGCACUUCUCCACUGUGGCACUAAUUGUUUCAAAGUCGUCGCCAAACAUCUUUUACGACAAAAUGAGUGGCACCGAGCGCGGAGUGCUCACCUUGACUAUCCGCGAUUCGCCGCUUCAUCUCACCAAUUGCAAAUGCUGGGGCCAGCGGGCUUGCGUGGAGGAGUACUCCGCCAUGCUGCACAUUGGCCAUGUCGUGGACAUCGUGGGCGCCAAGGUUAUGUCCAGUGCGAUAAUUUCUUCAAAGGAGCAGAAGCGUUACCAGCCGCAGGGCACUCUUACCUGUGUCCUGGUGGUCAACGAGGGAUCCGGCUACUUAGUGCGUCAUGACAGCGACGACUCCGCUCCUGUGAUAGCCCUGCAGCAACUCCUCCAUCUUCCCAUCAAGCCUCUGGGCGCAGCCCUCAAGCUGGCGGAUGUGCGUUCCGGCUUGAUCGGCGGAGGUGGGGCCAGCUCCUUUGUGGAUCUGCUGGUCGUGGUAGCCGCCAUUCGUCCACUGCGUGAGAUAAAGCGCAAAUCUCCGGUGGCAUCCGGCAAGACACAGGAUCCGCUGCACUGCUUGGAGGUUGUAGUGAUCGAUGCCAGCUAUCCGGAGGGCAUGCUGCUCACCAUCUGGCAAGCAGACUGGAUACGCCGUGCCCAACGCUGGCAGCCUCGCCACACCGUUCUCCAUUUGGUAGACGUGCGGGUCUCUCACUCCGAUUACCAUCGCUGUCCGGUGCUGUCCCAUUCACACGGCACGCUCAUCUGCGAAGAUCCCCAAGUAGCCGGUGUGGAUUGUAGUCGGCUGCUGGCCUUUGCUGCAUCGCAGCCCGUCAGGUCUUUUGAUGGCUACGCCCACACGGAGCUGGACAACUUGCCAUCAGCUGCCAGCAUUCGGAGCCAGAUGACAGUGCGGCAGAUCUAUAGCCGCGCUGAGGGCGAACUGCAGGAUACCUCACAGGAUCAGUUCACCGCCGUGCUGUACGGAAUGGUCACUAAGCUUGACCUGGAUGGCUUCGUUCCCAAUAUAAGCCGAAAGUGCACCGUCUGCCAACGCCCCAUACCCAGAGGCCUCGAGGAUUGCGCCACCGAAGCCUGCCAGAUAGAGUUCCUGCUGGGCAAUGAUGGCCCCCGGACUAACCGAUACUUCAACAUAAAUAUUCAUUUCUCCGAUCAAACGGGCAGCCUGCUAGAGGCUCGUUUAGCGGGCAAUCCCGCAGAACGGAUCCUGGGCCUCGAAGCAGAGCACUUUGACCGGCUGACGGAGCGUGAAAAGAGCGACCUGAAGUGGCGGUUCCUCUUGAAGUACUUUGAAGCGAGACUGCUGGUGAAGAAGCCCGUUGGAAUGCGCAGGAACCUGGUAAUUGUGGUCGUUGACAUGCAGGUAAUACCCCUUGCGAAACUAGUCGAGAAUAUGUCCGUGUUCUAGGGCCCAAGGAACCCAAUGAA